AACAACAACAACAACAACAAUAGUCAAAAUGGAACGGAUUAUUCUGAUGGAUCAUUCAUGGAUAAUAAGAUGGAUAUGAUGGGUUCUUUAUCUGAUAUGUCUCAACAACAACGUCGAUCUAUUGCUGAUCCUGAAGCCAAUCGAUUCUUGGGAGCGAAAUUGGAAGAUUUUUAUGGUAAACUCUAUGAACUAUGUAAAGAUCAUAAUGGAUGUCGAUUUUUACAAAAGAAAUUGGAGGAUCCUAAUGGACAAUAUUUACAAAUUAUCUUUGAUGAAAUUCAUCCUCAUUUUGUGGAAUUAAUGACGGAUCCAUUCGGAAAUUAUCUUUGCCAAAAACUCGUGGAACGUUGUAAUGAUGCACAAAGAACAGCUAUUGUGGACAUUAUCUCGCCUGACUUGUUGCAGAUUUGUUUGAGCAUGCAUGGUACUAGGGCUAUUCAGAAAUUGAUUGAAUAUCUUUCUUCUAGUCAUCAAAUCAAGACAGUUACCGCAGCUUUACAUCCUAAAGUGGUCACUCUUAUCAAGGAUCUUAAUGGCAAUCAUGUCAUUCAAAAAUGUCUUCAUCGUUUAUCAGCUGAACACAAUCAAUUUAUCUAUGAUAUAGUAUCUGAAAAUUGUAUUGAAGUGGCUACUCAUCGUCAUGGUUGUUGUGUACUCCAAAGAUGUAUUGAUCAUGCUGUGGAUAUUCAAAAAUCUCAAUUGGUAAAAGUAGUGACCUGUAAUGUAUUACCAUUGGUACAAGAUCCAUUUGGAAAUUAUGUAGUGCAAUAUGUACUUGAUUUGGGUGAAGUACAAUAUUCCGAUGCUUUGGUACGUUGUUUGAUUGAACAUGUAUGUGAUUUAUCUGUGCAGAAAUUUAGUUCCAAUGUCAUUGAAAAGUGUAUUCGUGUGUCUGAACCUGAAAUACGACGUGCAUUGAUUUCUGAACUUAUCAAUCAAUCCAACAUGGAAAAAUUACUACGUGAUUCUUUUGCUAAUUAUGUCAUUCAGACUUGUUUGGAUUAUGCUGAUCAAGACCAAAAAGUGCAGUUGGUUGAAAGGAUUCGGCCUCAUUUAGCAUCGAUUCGCAGUACUCCAUAUGGUAAACGAAUUCAUAGUAAAAUUCAACGAGAACAACAACAAGGACGAUAUGUACAACGACAACACUUACAUUAUCAAAGUAUGCCCUCCUUAAGAGCAACCAUCAACAACGCUGGUACUGGUACUGGUACUUCUCCCGUCACCUCAACUACUACAACUACUACAGGUGUUACUUCUUCUACAGGACUUUCUGGUCUCUCUUAUCAUCAUCAUCAUCAUCAUCAUCAUCAUGACGACCCGACGACAAUGGCAGGUCUUCCAUUGAAUUACAACAUGGGUAUCCUUGGCAACUCUCAUCCGCUUUAUCCUUUUCCUUGAUAUAUUAGUAUUAUUUAUGUAUCCUUUGUUAUUCCUAUUCUCUCCUAUACUGUAUCAUCGUUUGAUAUUUUAUUUUAUUCCCCUCCCCUCUCCCUUAUUUUUUUUUUUUUACAUCAAAAAAAAAAGGAUACCCUUUGUUUUAUCUCUUCGAUCUCUCUCUAUCCCCUUUGUUGUAAACAUUUUGUUUAGUUUUUUUUAUUUUAUUUUUCAUCCUUAUUUAUCUUUUGUUGUUCUUUGUCAAAAUUAAUUUGAU